AUGGCUUCCUCUUCUAACGCGGAGAUCGACAGGAGAAUAUCAGAACUACGCCGUGAAAUCUUGUUCCAUCAACCAUCGGUCAAAGUGUCACGAUUUGGUCAGAGAUUUGGAGAUGACCAGGCUGGACUUACCCUUGGUCUUGUUGAUCUCGGGGAGUGCGGUUCAAGUGUUGUGUCCGCAAUGAGAAGGGCUCUGAGGGGAGCCGUUGGAGAGCCAUUUGUUCAUAUUGCUGACCAUCAACAAGUAUCUCAGGAAGAUCGGAUGGAGUAUCUUUCCAACUCGCUCUCUGUCAUGUGUAGAAAUAUUUCGUGCAGGAGUAUGUUAACUUUUUUCUCUAUUGCUUCACUCGUUCCAUAUUUCACAAAUGAUGUUAUCAAGUUGACAAAACAUAUAACAGGAAGGUUUCCGAUCGCCAUCAUCAUUUGCGACGCGAGAAGAAACGACGCCGUCAAGCUGAUCGAAUACCUGGAAAAGAGCCAUAUCACUGAUAUCUAUCAACUACCAGAAGGUAUCGAUUCUCAUCGGACUAUGAUAUCGAACGAGGAACAGUUGGACCUCCUGAAUAUAAUCCAUAGAUGUCUGGUGAACAGUGAAAAAAUAACGCAUGGUAUUCAACGAUUCCCGAUGAAUAGAAAUGACACAGCGCAUGCGUUUCAACAAUAUUCAGCAAAUGGUGAUAAGAUAGUACAAGCUUUUAAUCAAUAUCCGAAUACCUGCAUGGGGGUGCUGCCUAUGGAGAAUAAUACUCGCAGCACCCCAAAGGAAAAUCUAGGGGGUUCUCCAGCACCCCCGCUUCCCAGGACCAUGGACCUCCAUGCUUCCUUCCCUUACUCAUUGGCACCCGAUGUAGCUAGCUGGACCCUUGCCACUGCAGAUUUCUUCUGUGAGCUUUAG